AUGUGUCAGAACAGACAGAACACGGGUCAGAACAGACAGAACACAGGUCAGAACAGACAGAACACAGGUCAGAACAGACAGAACACAGGUCAGAACAGACAGAACACAGGUCAGAACAGACAGAACACGGGUCAGAACAGACAGAACACGGGUCAGAACAGACAGAACACGGGUCAGAACAGGCAGAACACGGGUCAGAACAGACAGAACACAGGUCAGAACAGACAGAACACGGGUCAGAACAGACAGAACACGGGUCAAAACAGACAGAACACGGGUCAGAACAGACAGAACACGGGUCAGAACAGACAGAACACGGGUCAGAACAGACAGAACACGGGUCAGAACAGACAGAACACGGGUCAGAACAGACAGAACACGGGUCAGAACAGACAGAACACAGAUCUUUAG